AAUCUUUCUCUCUCUCUGUCUCUCUGUUUUUUUUUUUUUUUGGUCUUGCAACUCUCAUAACGGUCUUAUCUCUCUCUAAAGUCACUCUCUCUCUCUCUCUCUCUCUCUCUCUACAACUCUGCUGUGAAGUGUGCUUCUUUGAAUUGGUAUUGGAACUUGGGUAUUGUGAGAUGGAAGUUAAAUCGGUGUCCGGAGAAUCUUCGGAACGGGAAAACUGGGAUAUAAUAUUCAAGAGUUUGGUCAAGAUUAUACAGACGAAGCAAGACCAAGUCGAAGCGCUUCUCAAAGAUAUGAAGAUGAUUGAAAGUUCUAUCAAGACUAAGUGCGAGAAUUGGCUAAUUGAUGUUCGGAAUUACGAAGAUCGACUCUCUCUGAUGAGGAAAGAAAUUGAAGCGACGAAGAAGAUGCAGUCGCUUGAGACCUCUAAAUGCAAUCUCUUGUGCGGAUUAAAGGACAGCGAUCGUUCUCUUUGCAAUUUGAAGUUGGAACAGACGAUGGAUGAGUUAAAGGACUUUAAGGCUUGGUUUGAUUUCCUCACUCUGAAUACAACAAAUGAUGAAAGUGGCAGCUCAGAAGGUUCGGCUGUUAAGUCACUGGAGGCAAAAAUCAGAAAACUGAAGCUUGAGUAUGAGAAGCUUGCUGCUGAAAAGAAAUGUGUGGUUUCUGAUCUUAUACGAGAAAAUGGGUUUGCGUGGGAACAGUUCGAACGUAUCCACAGUGGAUCUACUGUCAAGUUAAAGACGAAAGAUGAUGAGAUCGCUCAAGUAAAUUCGAAAGUUUCUAGUCUUAUAUCUUAUCAAGAGCAGCUUCAGUCAGCUAAUCAAGAGAAGGAUGAGACUAUCUCAAGGUUAAAGGCUAAGAUGGCUGAAAUGGAGACGAAUUCUACUAAGAAAGAUGAGGAGAUCUCUAAACUCUCACGGGAUCUGGAGUCUUUGAAGAAGUCUCGUGGUUUUACACCGGUUUUAACUCGAUGCACAAAACUUGAAAAGAGUAGCAAUGGAAAUACAGUGGGAUCACAUAUAACUGCUAAGAAAGAGAAGUCUGCUUCAUCAUCAUCUACUGAAAAGGUAAGCAAAAACUCAAAGAGGAAAAGAGUGAACACAACGUCGGACUCAGUUUCAGAAAUCCCAAAGCUGUUCACUUCGACUUUUAGACUUCCCAAGUUGAAGUCUCCAUCUUCUGGAGCCAUAUAAGAUUAUCUUUCAGUAGGGAACUUAGUGUAUAUUUUGCAACUGACCACACCCCAUUAGCUUAUUUAACAAGUUCUUGAGAAUUAUCCCCCCUACUCCAGCAUUGAUUUAGUUAGGAAACUCAUAGUAGCUGUCUUUAUUUUCUCUAUAUUAUUGUGUCUUGAAGCUUAAUCAGAGGAGGAGGCAGCAAUGGCAGAACAUUUGGCAAUGCAACAAAGAUUUCAAGCGGCUUUGAAGAAGUGUGAUUUCCCGGUUUUAUUUUGAUUGUAGCUGAUAGUUUCUUUCUUUUUGUAUGACUUUGAUAUUUUAAAUAAGAUCAUAUGGCUUCUUCUU